GCUCAAGAGACCUGCACUUCCUUGGAGAUCGACAGUGCCCUGGACCAUCUGGGAGACCUCAGUCAGGACUUGGCUGACAUUAAACAGGCAGCAGUGGGCGGCAAGCUGACCCAGCUCCCUGGAGAAACGGCGGAACAGUCUUCCACUCAGCUGGGCACAACAUCCAAGACAGUUGGAUCAUCCAUGGCACAGUUACUUACUGCAGCCGCACAGGGCAAUGAAGACUAUGUUGGUAUUGCUGCUAGAGAUACAGUGAAUGCACUAAAGGUACUGGUCAGCUCAGUGCGUGGUGUUGCCGCUACUACAGAUGACAGACAGGUCCAGCAGGCUAUUAUAGAUAAUGCCCGCGAUGUUAUCAGUCAGUCUGUGCGUCUGCUGCAGGAAGCCAAAAAUGCCAUGGGAGAUCCCAGCAAUCCUGAGAAUCAGCAGAGACUAUCACAGGUGGCCAAAUCAGUGUCCAAUGCUCUAAACAACUGUGUCAGCUGCCUGCCUGGACAGAGGGACAUUGACAAUGCCAUCCGGCUAAUCACACAGAACUCUCAGAAUCUGGCCAGUCCCAGGUUUCCCCCAACGGAUCGAACCUACAAGCAAGUGCAGAAUGACAUGAGUUGCUCAGCAGCCAACCUGAACCAAGCAGCCAGUGACAUCGUGGCAUCCUCCAGAGUGGCCACAACCCAGCACCUGGCCGAGUCUUCAGCUAGAUACAGUCAACACUAUGAAGACUUUGUCCACACCGGCCUGACCCUGGCCGGGCUAUCCAAAGAUCUGGAGACCCAGAACCAGAUCGUCGGAGGUCUGAAGAGCGUCUCCAUGGUGUCCAGCAAGCUACUGGUGGCAGCAAAGGCAGUCUCUGCGGACCCGAACGCACCAAACUCCAGGAACUUGCUAGCCCAGGCUGCCAGGGCAGUGACAGAGAGCAUCAACCAUCUGUUUAACAUCUGCACUCAGUCUGCUCCAGGACAGAAAGAAUGUGACAAUGCUCUCCGACAGAUACAGAUGAUUGCUGGCAUGUUAGAUAACCCCAAUGAACCAGUCAGCGACCUCACCUACUUUGACGCUCUGCAGACGGUCAUGGAGAAAUCAAAGGACCUGGGUGAUGCCAUGACGGGCAUCUCCAGCCAUGCCAAGCAGGGAGACAUGGAUGAAUUGUGUGGCGCUGUGAGGAGCUUUGCUAACUCCAUCUGUGGGCUCACUGAGGCCUCCGUGCAGGCAGCCUACCUUGUGGGAAUAUCAGACCCUGCAUCAGAACCAGGAUGUCCAGGAGUCGUUGACCAGACACAGUUUUCUCGUGCCAACCAGGCAAUACAGAUGGCCUGUCAGAACCUGACUAACCCUGCCAGCUCCCAGCAGCAGGUGCUGUCGGCAGCUACUAUUGUGGCCAAACACACUUCAUCUCUGUGCAACUCCUGCCGCCUGGCAUCUUCCAAAACUGCCAACCCUGUGGCCAAGAGACAUUUUGUACAGAGUGCCAAAGAUGUGGCUAACAGCACUGCCAGCUUAGUGAAGGCCAUUAAGGCUUUGGAUAGUGACUUUACUGAGGAGAACAGGCAGAACUGUGCCGAGGCUGCCCGGCCACUCAUCAGUGCUGUGGAUGAACUGACAACCUUUGCCUCCUCGCCAGAGUUUGCCAGCAAACCAGCCAAAAUUAGUGCUCAGGCUCGCCAGGCACAAGAGCCGAUCACCCAGUCCGGUAAAGCCAUGAUUGAAGGUGCCAGCAACAUGUUGGAUGCAGCCAAACAGCUGGCUGUCAAUCCUAGAGAUCCCGCCGUCUACCAGCAGUACUCACACCACUCCAAGAGUGUCUCCGAGGCUAUCAAGAGACUUGUGGGAAGCAUCAAGGAUAGUGCACCUGGACAGCGUGAGUGUGACAGUGCCAUUGAACACCUGAACAUGACCAUCAGAGAGCUUGACCAAGCCUCACUGGCAGCCAUCAGUCAGAACCUUGUACCCAGCGAUGAAAAGUCUUUGAAAGCAUAUCAAGAACAGAUGAUCAACAGUGCCAGAGAAAUUCUGGACAGAAUUGACCUCAUAAGACAAGCUGCCAAAGAAGAAUCACAGAACUUAGGCCAUUUGGCUGCCACAUUAUCUUCAUAUUUUGAGCCCUUGGCCAAAUCGUCUGUCGGCACAGCCAGCAAGACCGUCAACUCCAGGCAACAGAUGAACAUCCUGGACCAGACUAAGACGGUGGCUGAGUCUGCUCUGCAGUUUAUGUAUGCUUGUAAAGAAGGAGGUGGUAAUCCCAAGGCCGUUAACACUCAUGGCCCUAUUGACAGUGCUGCUGACGAUAUGAAGGACGUCCUACAGGACCUGUUGCAGACGAUGGAGGAGGCGGCCUCUCAGGCAGGCGUGGUCAACAGUAUGAUUGACACAAUCACCAAGGCCAUUGCUAGGACCGAUGAUCGACAGACAGACAGAAUGUCAAUCAUUGAAAACCUGUCCUUUGUGGAUCACCAGACGAACAUGGUCAGACUGGCCAAGCAGAUGGCCAGGGCAGCACAAGACAUGAUUGCCAAGUCCACAACAAAUGUGGGCCAGCUUGGGGUAAUAGCCAAUCAGCUGGCCAGAGACUAUGCUUCCCUGGCAAAUGCUUCCAUUGGAGCAGCCGCAGCUGCCAACAGUACAGAGAUUGGAAACAGAAUCCGAGCGACAGUUCAAGACCUGGGAAAGUCCUGUGUGGAGCUUGUACAAGAUGCCGGUGGCCUCCAGGCUAACCCCACAGAUCAGUACUCGCGCAAGGAUCUCAGUGACCACGCCAAGAGUGUGCAGGAAAAGGUGUCCUACGUGUUAGCCUCCUUGCAGGCAGGAGCCCGAGGCACCCAGGCCUGUAUAAAUGCGGCCAGUACAAUCAGUGGCAUCAUCGGAGACCUGGACACAAGCAUCAUGUUUGCUUCUGCUGGCACUCUCAACGAUGAAGGCUCGGAAUCAUUUGCAGACCAGAGAGAAAACAUCCUGAAAACAGCCAAAGCUCUUGUGGAGGAUACAAAAACUUUGGUCGCUGGAGCCGCCUCCAACCAGGAGCAGCUAGCUGCUGCAGCCCAGUGUGCAGUCAAGACUAUCACACGACUGGCUGAUGUGGUCAAGCUGGGGGCCGCCUCUUUAGGUUCUAACCAACCAGAGGCACAGGUCUUGUUGAUAAAUGCUGUGAAAGACGUGGCAUCGGCGCUCUCAGACCUGAUCAGUGCCACCAAGAAUGCAUCAGGAAAGAGUGUCAGUGAUCCAGCUAUGCUGACAUUGAAAGACUCGGCUAAGGUGAUGGUGACUAAUGUUACAUCUCUCUUGAAGACAGUGAAGUCGGUGGAGGAUGAGGCUGUCCGAGGAACCAGGGCUCUCGAGUCCACUAUCGAAGCAAUUGGACAGGAAAUUAAGGCAUUUGAUGGCAGUGAUGAGGUGGUGAAAAAGGCCUCAGCAGAAGACCUGAUCCGCUAUGCCAAGCCGAUUACCACUGCAACGGCCAAAGCAGUGGCAGCUGCUAACUCAUGCAGACAAGAGGAUGUCAUCAGCACUGCCAAUAUGGGGAGGAAGGCUAUCUUUGAUUUGAUGGCAGUUGUCAAGGGUGCAGCAGCGACAGCGGAAACUUCCGAGAUCAAGCGGCGAGCUAUCAAUGCAGGACGAACAGCUGCCAUGUCUUACAAAGAGCUGCUGGAGUGUGUUCACCAGGUGGUAAUGAAGCCAACCACUGAGGGUAAACAGAAUGUGGCCUUGAUUUCACGAAAAGUGGCCAAUGCUGUCACUGAACUUGUGCAGUCGGCAGAAGCCAUUAAAGGAUCUGACUGGGUGGACCCGGAUGAUCCCACAGUUAUAGCAGAGAAUGAACUCCUUACAGCAGCAAGCUCCAUAGAAGCAGCAGCCAAGAAGCUCUCCCAGCUGAAGCCGAGGGAACAAGUGAAGAGGCCCAAUGAGGAUCUAGACUUCGAGGAGCAAAUCCUAGAAGCUGCCAAGUCUAUUGCUGCAGCAACAGCAGCUUUGGUGAAGUCUGCCUCUGCAGCCCAGCGGGAGCUGGUAGCCCAAGGGAAAGUAGGGUCCACCUUCACUCAGCAUGCAGUGGAUGAGGAUGGCCAGUGGUCACAGGGCCUUAUCUCAGCUGCCAGGAUGGUGGCAGCGGCCACACACAGCCUGUGUGAAGCAGCCAACGCCAUGGUUCAGGGACAUGCCAGCGAGGAGAGGCUGAUAGCCUCGGCCAAGGAAGUUGCCGGUUCCACAGCUCAGCUGCUGAUGGCUUGUAAAGUGAAAGCAGAUCCUGGUUCUGUGGCCAUGCAGAGAUUGCAGUCUGCGGGCAAUGCAGUAAAGAGAGCAACGGAACUGCUAGUGAAAGCUGCCCAGCAAGCUAAAGAUUACAAUGAUGAUGAGUCCAGCUUAACUGUGGACAGGAGGAUGGUUGGUGGGAUCGCACAGGAACUGCAAGCUCAGGAAGAGAUCUUAAGAAAGGAGAAAGAGCUGAAUGACGCCAGGAAGAAGUUGAUGAGGCUGCGACAAGAGAGAUAUAAAGGCCGGCCACCAGAAGAUGAUGAUUCUGGCUCCUCGUUUUAG